CAAAUAGUCUCCUAGAACUUAUGCUAAGAGGUAAGUUAAAAUAAGUCAAUGCAAAUAAAUUUUUAGUUUUUUUGCUCUUUUAGUUAGUUAAUAUAUUUAAACAUUAUUUUAAUUGCUUAUAUACAUAUGUCUAAAACAAAUAGGCUUUAAUAUAGACUAACAGGUUAAUCAGACAUUCGAAAAGGCCACACUCAGGCUUAAAAAAUAAGCUUACGACAAGUCCCAGGCCAGACUUAGGCUUUAGUUUUUUUGAAAGACCAGACUUAGACUCUGCAAAGCCUAACUCGGUUCAGUUUAUUUCCGCCCCUAUAGAUAUAUGACCAAAUAUAGUUUUUAGCCCAAGAAAAAAUUUCAUAUUCCUAAAAAAUUAAUAUUUUGGAUGUUUUAUUUAAUUACUAUAUAAUUCUUUAAACCAUAAAAACAAAUUUUUGAUGCACUUGAAUAUGUGGGACCACUUGCUAUUGGAUAUCCUAAAGAUGGUGAGAUCCACCGCUAUCUAAUUACAUUCCUCUUGUUCCUUCCACUUCAAAAUCCUCUUUCUGAACAUUCUCACAUAACUAUCCUACUAUUAACCAUGUCUACUUCUCUUGAAUAUGAUGAUCUCUCACAAAAAAAGAAGAAAGUUCUUGACUUCAUAGAAGAUGUUACUACACAUGCAGAUGAAAUCCAAAAGAAAAUCUUAGCUGAAAUUCUCUCUAAGAAUGCAAAUGUUGAGUACUUACAAAGACAUGGUCUCAAUGGCCAAACAGAUAGUGAAACUUUCAAGAAACUUGUCCCUGUCAUAACUUAUGAAGAUAUUCAGAAUGAUAUUAACCGUAUCGCCAACGGUGAUGCUUCUCCAAUCCUCACCUCAAACUCCAUUUCAAACUUUCUCACCAGUUCAGGAACAUCAGGUGGUGAGAGAAAGUUGAUACCAGCAACAGAAGAAGAAUUUGUAAGAAGAUCUUUACUAAUGAGUCUGUGCAUGCCAAUAAUUAAUCAAUUUGUUCCUGACCUAGAUAAAGGAAAAGGAAUGUACUUAAUGUUUAUAAAAAAUGAAUCUAAAACACCAGGAGGCAUUAAAGCUAGUCCAGCCCUUACAACAUAUUACAAAAGUUCUCAUUUUUUAAACAGACCUUACGAUCCAUACGCGAAUUUCACAAGUCCAAAUGAAACUGUUCUAUGUCUUGACUCAUACCAAAGUAUGUAUUCACAACUUCUAUGUGGUCUUUGUCAAAACAACGAGGUCCUUCGUGUAGGUGCUAUUUUCGCUUCUGGACUUAUCCGCGCCAUUCGGUUCCUUGAGAAAAAAUGGUCACUUCUCUGCGAUGAUAUAAGAACAGGAACAAUUAAUCCUCUCAUUACUGACAGUUCAGUGAGAGUGUCUGUGAUGAAGAUUCUCAAACCUGAUAAAGAUCUUGCUGAUUUUAUUCAAAGUGAGUGUAGCAAAGAUUCUUGGCAAGGAAUUAUAACUAGGUUGUGGCCUAAUACAAAGUAUGUUGAUGUUAUUGUGACAGGAACAAUGUCACAGUACAUUCCUACUUUGGAUUAUUAUAGUAAUGGUCUUCCACUUGUUUCUACUAUGUAUGCUUCUAGUGAAUGUUUCUUUGGUGUUAACCUUAAUCCUCUUUGUAAACCUUGUGAUGUGUCUUAUACCCUUAUCCCUAACAUGUGUUAUUAUGAAUUCUUACCGGUUAAUAGAAGUAACUUUUCUGUACAUGAGAAAGAAAAGCAAGAGUUGGUGGAUCUUGUUGAUGUCAAGCUUGAUCAAGAAUAUGAGCUUGUUAUUACAACUUAUGCUGGACUUUAUAGGUAUAAAGUGGGAGAUGUAUUGAAAGUGACUGGAUUCAAGAACAAAGCACCUCAAUUCAGCUUUGUUUGUAGAAAAAACGUUAUUCUAAGCAUAGAUUCAGACAAGACAGACGAAGUUGAGAUACAAAAUGCAAUAAAAAAUGCUGUCAUACAUUUAGUACCAUUUGAUGCAGAAGUAGCAGAGUACACUAGUUAUGCAGACACAAGAACAAUUCCAGGACACUAUGUAUUGUAUUGGGAGUUAAGCCUUAAAGACUCAACAACAAUUCCACAUCGUGUUUAUGAAGAUUGUUGUUUAACUAUUGAAGAGUCACUUAACAGUGUUUAUCGACAAGGUCGUGUUUCAGAUAAAUCGAUUGGGCCACUUGAGAUUAAGAUUGUGGAGCAAGGGACAUUUGAUAAGCUUAUGGAUUAUGCUAUUAGCUUGGGAGGUUCAAUAAAUCAAUACAAAACUCCUAGGUGUGUCAAAUCUGUACCUGUUGUGGAGCUUUUGGAGUCAGGAGUUAUGGCGAAUUAUUUUAGUCCUAAAUGUCCACAAUGGGUUCCUGGUCAUAAGGAGUGGAUUAUUAAUAAAAACUGAAAGAGUGGUUAAUAUGGUUAGACAAAUUUCUGUGUUGUUCAUAGUUAUAUUUAUAUGGACAUCCAUAGUGAUUCUAUUAUCGAUGUUUGAAUAAAUUUAACAUUAGUACUACUACGUGCAUCGUGUUUUAAUGUACUUAAAUUUUAAACAAUAUUUGUUUUUAUUGAACAUGUGAUGAUUUGGUUUUAUUGGAAUCUUUUGUGCUUAAUUUUUCAUGGAACUGUAGAAACUACUAAUAAGAUAUACUUUGUAUUUGUUCUUAGUUGCUACUGUAUGUCAUCAUCAAUAGUGCUGAAGGCAAGUAUAA